CCCAGCCUGGGCAUUGCAACGAGUGAAACGUUGCCUUUUCUUGUCUCGUUUCAUUGUAGCGGCCACUACUGUGAUCGGGUGAUCGGCGUAGGGUUGUCGCACAGCCGAAAGCUUGAUGCUUGCGGCUGUCCCUCGCAGACCAGACAACCCCACCAUCGACACACUGUCCCGCCUCACCGAAGCCCAAUUGACGCUGCCCUCCUUCCCCCACCGCCGGACUACUGCUCUCCAUACCCGGCCGCAAUGUCGACAGCCGCCCCGACGCAAAAGCAGGACCGCCUGAAAGCCCACUUCUCCAACCACACGCCCGAGGAGCACAGCAAGCGAUGGGACGACCUCUGGUCCGCUGGCGACUUCCUCCCCUGGGAUCGCGGCUACGCGAACCCUGCCCUGAUUGACGCCCUCGCUGAACGCAAAGACCUGCUUCCCGCCCCUAAGAACGCGAGUGGGAAGAGGGCACGCGCUCUGGUGCCGGGCUGCGGUAAGGGCUACGACAUCGCGCUAUUUGCUGCCCAUGGCUACGACAGUUAUGGGCUGGAGGUCAGCGAGAACGCGGUCAAAGUAAGCGACGAGUAUCUGAAGAACCCGGGAGAGGGGCCGCUGGAGGGAGAGUAUAAGGUUUUCGAUGAGGCGGCGGGAAGAGGGACCAUGAAGUGUUUGCUGGGCGACUUCUUUGAAGAUGCGUGGCUAGAGAGUGCGGGUGGGCUGGGCGAGGGGUUUGAUGUGAUAUACGACAAUACUUUCCUGUGCGCACUACACCCCACGAUACGCCCGCAGUGGGCCGCGCGCAUGCAGCAGCUACUUGCUCCCGGAGGCGCUCUCAUCUGCCUCGAGUUCCCGACGCACAAGCCACCCAAGUCUGGCGGUCCGCCCUUUUCGCUGCCACCGACCGUACACGAGGAGCUCCUCAAGCGGCCAGGAGAGGACAUCUCUUACGACGAGGACGAAAAGGUGCAGAGCACGGAUCGACCCGAAAGUGACAAGGCUCUGCAUCGGGUUGCGCAUUGGAAGCCGAGGCGGACGCACGACGUGGCCAUCAUUAACGGCGAAGUAAAGGACUGGGUGAGCGUGUGGCAUAAGUAGGGGCAGCCCCCGUAGCUGGGUUGCAUUUGGCCCC